AUGCUAUUAUCUGAACUUGAGUUAACAAAUAUUAAUGAACUUAAGCAAAAACAACAAACAUUCAUUUCAUUAGCUACAUCAUCAAGCAAAGCAAAAUGUACUAUUAGAAUAUUAUCAAAUGGUGAUAAUCUGAGUUCGUUAUCAUCUAUAUCAUUAAAUAAUGAAGAAAAAGUUCCGACUAAUGUUAAUGCGACAGUUCCGAUUGCAGCAACAAUAACACUUGAACUUAAAAUUGAAAAUAAUUCUAAUAGUACACGUAUCAUUGAAAAUAGUAUACUUCUUAAAACAAAUUUAAUUGAAAAUAAUUCUAAUGUUCUUUUUGUACUUGUUUAUACUCUUCUUUAUUUAAUAAUAUUAAUCGAAGAUGUCGAACCAACUUUUAUGAUGAAAGAUAAUCAAAAUCAAGUUAAUGAAGAUCGAAUUAUCCUUAAACAACAAAAUGUUGCUAUUCGACAUCUUUAUUCCUUACUUAGUUAUAAUCAAAAAAAUCGAAUAUUUAUUUAUUUACCAACCAAAAUUCGUAGAAGAACAUUCGGUGGAACUAUUGUUAAUCUUAAUCUAUCAACUGUAAUGACACCAUCAUUAUCAUCAACGGUUUCAAUAGAUAAAUUAAUUGAACUUGAUGUUAAAAGAAUGAAAGAACUUUCACCUGUUGUUUAUUCAAAAGAAAGUUCAUUAAAAACUCCUAAAUUAAUAUCAUUACUAUCAUCAAUAUUAGCUAGUAUGACUGGUACAGCAACUAGUAGAAAAAUAAAACCAAGUUAUUAUAAUAAAAAAACUAAAUAUAAACGUGAUUCAAAUAGUAUAAUGAAAGAAAAAAGUGAAAAACAACAAUUAUCUAAUAUAACAGAAGAUACAUUAGGUGGACAAUUGAAAUUUGGUCUUGCAAAAUAUCUUGCUUUAGAAUUUACUGUAGUAAAACAUUUUGUUGAUUGUAUUGAUUGUAUUGAUCGCAUAAGAUUUCUUUCACGGUUAAUGAUCGGUUCGUUAAAACAUGCAGCUAUAACACGCAAUAAAGGUAGAAUAAUAUGUCAUCGAAUAUCUGUUGUUGCAAGUCAAUUAAUAACUGAUUAUAUUUUAUAUAUUUCAACUAGUUUUGCUAAUCAAUCAAAAACAUCAGUUAUUCAUUUGUCUUUAUUAUUUCAUUCAUUUAUUCUUUGUCAAUUAUGGACAAUGUAUUGUGAACAAGUUAAUUAUGGAUAUGAUCGUGAAUCAUUUGUUGAAAUUAUGAAUUUUUGGACGAGGAUUAGAUCGGAUAUACUUCGUUUAUUAUCAUAUUCAAAAGUGAUAUCUAUUUUAACUAAAUGGCUUAAUCGUUUACAAUUUACAAUCGGACAAAUUGAAACUGAGACAAAUUUUGAUCUAUAUGGUUCAACAAUGCAACGUGUUUUAACUGAUAGGAAUUUUCUAUCAGAUUGGACACGAGAAACUAUUGAAAAAGUUGAUAAUUAUUUUCGUUCAAAAUAUUCAGUCGGUGAAAAUGGAAGUAGAAUAAAUGAUAAAAAAUUAUGGAGUGAUGAAUAUUUAUUACAUUUAACUAAAUAUAAAUGA